CUCAGAGCAUUUGCAACGCUAAGCUAAUGUGUUGCUGUUACAACAUGUGACCUUGUUAGCUGAUUGGAGUCUGCUGUGUGUGGGGACCGCAGGCAGAGGUACUGGGGAGCUGGAUGUUGGGUUUUGCUGUGCGGAGAUGUGGGAGCGCAGGGAGGAGAGCGGGAGGCUUGUGUGCGUUCCCUCUGUACAGCCACAAGUGCUUCAAAGAAAAAAAGUAUCCAGCAAAUGUGGAUAAUCUGCAUUUUAACACACAGGAAUCAUCUGCUCAGGCUCCGUGUGUUGGGAAUUGCCCAGUUACAUGCCAGAUUAUUCAUGAAGAAGAGAUGUCAGGAGAAAGCGUGGUGAGCUCAGCAGUGCCGGCGGCUGCCACUCGCACCACCUCCUUCAAAGGGACGAGUCCCAGCUCCAAGUACGUCAAGCUGAACAUCGGCGGAGCGCUCUACUACACCACCAUGCAGACCCUGACCAAGCAGGACACCAUGCUCAAGGCCAUGUUCAGCGGGAGGAUGGAAGUCCUGACAGACAGCGAAGGCUGGAUCCUGAUUGACCGCUGUGGAAAACAUUUUGGGACAAUACUGAACUACCUGCGCGAUGGGGCUGUGCCGCUCCCCGAGAGCCGCAGGGAGAUAGAAGAGUUGUUGGCUGAAGCAAAGUACUACCUGGUGCAGGGGCUGGUGGAUGAGUGCCAGGCAGCCUUGCAGCAGAACAAAGAUGCAUAUGAACCGUUCUGCAAGGUACCAGUCAUCACAUCUUCCAAAGAAGAGCAAAAGCUUAUAGCCACUUCUAACAAGCCAGCGGUGAAGUUGCUCUAUAACAGAAGCAACAACAAAUAUUCCUACACCAGCAAUUCUGACGACAACAUGCUGAAGAACAUCGAGCUGUUUGAUAAGCUGUCCUUGAGGUUUAACGGGAGAGUGCUGUUUAUAAAAGAUGUGAUUGGAGACGAGAUCUGCUGCUGGUCCUUUUACGGGCAGGGGCGGAAGAUUGCCGAAGUCUGUUGCACUUCCAUUGUUUAUGCUACUGAGAAAAAACAGACCAAGGUGGAGUUCCCAGAGGCCCGCAUAUACGAGGAGACGCUGAACAUUCUGCUGUACGAGUCCCAGGACGGGAGGGGACCCGACAACGCGCUCUUGGAAGCCACAGGAGGGGCAGCCGGCCGGUCCCACCACCUAGAAGAAGAUGAGGAGCGAGAGCGUAUCGAACGCGUGCGGAGGAUUCACAUCAAACGUCCGGAUGACAGGGCCCAUCUCCAUCAGUGAGCCGAGCGACGGCCGCAGACUGCGCAGCGGUGCUGCCCUGCGUCUGACCGGUGAUCUGCAGCAGAGGACCAGGUGGUUUAACUUCAGUUCAGUAAAGUCUGUAAAUUAUGUUUUGUAACAAAUUAGAUUAUUUGGGGUAUUUAAAUGCAGUAGUUCUAGGACAGGAAUAAAUAAGGUUACUGGGCAUUGGAUAGACACUGUAAGAUGGAGCAUCUGGAGAAAUGCCCUGAGUUUUUAGCACUCUUGUCUUUGCUGUUUCAUUGCUGGAGAGGAAGAGGGCUGGCUUCCUUGGGCUUUAGGAGUUAUCCUGCACUUUAAAAACAAAACAAAAAAAGGUCUGUUAGCCAUCUACCUUCCCUCUGGGCACUCACUGACCCUGUCUCCUCCUGGGUGUCCCGUCGUGGGAGCGACACAGCGAUGGGGAUGCAGCAGAGCCACUGCAGAGCUCCCUUUCUCCCAGGCCGCAGGCAAUGGGGCUGGUGCCUCACUCCCGAUGGGACAAAUGCCAUGUGCUGACUCAGCGUCUGUAGCACUGGGGACAGGGGGAUGGGGGGGCCUGGGUGGGCUUGGCUGGCAGUACCUGGUCCCGGCUCCCCACAGCUCUCGGGACCUGUUCCACUUCAUUGGAGCUUCUACAGCAACAAGCUGUGGAGCCCCCUCUGCUUCAUCCACCCAGUCCGGGGGUGGAAAGUGUUAAAACUCCUCCCCAAGGAAGAUCAGGAGCAAAUAGUCUGUGAUUGUGUUUCCAUAGGGCGGUGUUGCUACCAGUUGCUACCAGUUAGCGCCUAGAACUGCCUGCUGCUGGAUCUCAGCAGGAGUUUGUUUCCGUCAGAUGGCCGGUGAGAAGCUGCGGGUUUGUCACCAGGUAGAGCAGUUGUCACCACAGGUUCAACCAGCGUGGGCGGGAGGUCAGCCGCUCUCAUUCGGUUUGGUAACUGAUACAGGAGCUUUGUCUUGCUUUGAGGGCAGCGCCAGCACUGUGGGGAAGAGGAGCAGAGUGUGGCCCUGAGGCAGCUACUCCUUGUUUGACUUUAUCCAGAGCAUAUUCCAAGUCUUUUCAGAAAUGGCAGCUGUGUGUGAAAGGGCAGAGCUACAGUGUUGUGUGGAGAAGGCCUGUGUAGUCUGGUUUUCUGAGAGUACUUUGCUAUUAUAAAUGAAUAUUUUUGUCUACCUCCUCGUCUCUUAUUGCCUAUCGUGGAGUCAAGUAACAAUUCUAGUGGCAGGUAGUGUGUUAUUCGAUAGGACUGUGUGCUGGAGGAUAAUGAGCAGAGCCACAGCUCUAAUAUCUAGUGUAACAAAACUUGAGUGGGAGAGAAACCCCAUGUAGAAGUCUUAAACUUGCAGUCAGGCUGGCAGCUUGGCAGCACCUGAGUACUUUGGCCUAUUCUGGAGUUUUUUGGACCCAUCUUCUGGAACAUCAAGCCCUGGCCCUGAUGGCCAGACCUCUCCUCCAGAGCAGCAGCUCCAUAUUCCUGUUAGUGAGGUGGGUGGUAGUUUUUGGAUUCCUGCUCCCGGCUCAGGGCUGUUAAUGGCACGUUAAUGUUAUAAAAACCAAAGGUGUUGUCAGCAUCACCAGCGACGUUACUCCAGUGGUUCUAUUUCAAAUAGCAGUUAUGUCUCAAACUACAUCCUGCUUGUAGAGGCUGAAGUAAAGUGUUUGCUCAGUGGUACAGUUUUGGAUCAUCAAGUAAAGCUAAGGUGAUUUCAAAGUUAGGCUGAGGUCAUCUUUUUAGUAACCAAAGACUUUUCUAAGUCACAGACAACUGCUGUCUGUGGCAGAUGUGGUUCUUGUUCCUGGCUCUACUCUUUUUGUCUUCAGCUACUGAUUUAUAAGAGCUCACCCGUAAGCAGCUGCAUCAGUUAUAUUGUAGUUUGGCAGCUUCAGCUCUGUCCUGACAGUUACAGGCUUCUGUUUUAAGCUGUACUUACAUGUUUGCAACACGCUUUGGGUCUGCAGGAGUCCACAGUGCGGGUUGUUGUGAAGGACCCAGUGCCUCUCCCUUUCUACCUUCCGUGUGCGUUAAGCCGGGGAGCGUGGAAGGAAACUCCUUGCGUUGCUCCGUUUCUCCAGCGCUCUGUACUUUGACACUUAGUGGUGUUACUGGGCUGUUUGUUGGUUUCUGAGCGUCUGUGACAGCCCUUGGGGUCUGGGCUCUGUGCUGCCACCGUGGCGGCGGUCAUGCUGUGCUCCAGAAACACCAGCCCAUGGCUGUAGAACACGCCAACAGUCCUGAGCAAGCCCUGCUCACUGCGCUGGGCGGUGAGCAAGGAGGGACAGACCCUCCUUAUCCUCGGCUGUGCUGAACCACCCGCUUUCCUCACUCCAGCACUGGCUGUUCAGCCAAAAACCCAUCACAGGAGGUUCAGCUCCAGGAGGUGACAUGUGGUGACACCAGUGCUAAGCACCUGACUGAUCACAUCUAUGUGAUUAACUCCUCUGUAAAUAGAUUCUUAACUGGCUUUGGGAUUUCCUCUUUUGGGUUUUGCAAACCAAGUUCUUAAAAACCAGGGGCUGAUUCUUUUUACUCUUUGUACAGCGGUUUAUGUAGUUACUGGUUUAGUGAGUCACUUGGAGAGUGUGAGUUUCCGUUUUGUUGUUGUACUUCUGGGCAGACUCUGACUUGUCCCCUCCACGUGCAGUGACAAUGUCCUGCAGUCGUGUUAGUCCGUCCGUCACCUACCAGCCGCUCGUCCUCGGGCUGUGCAGAGACUUUGUUAACCCCCUUGCACAAAUGCUCUCAGCUCCUGAGCCUUUUUACUGUUAAUGGUUUUGCCUCUGCAGCUGUCAGAUGUCAAUGGGGUGAGCAGGGGGCACAGACCUGGCAGCUGGGGUGCCCCAGCACCCCCCCCAGCAGUGGCAGCAGCAGAGCUGACUCAGAGCUCACUUGUCAAAGUGAUUUUGACCAUCAGGAUAAUGCAGAAGAGUUGGAAUAAUAUUUGUAGCACCAAAGCAGCUGCUCCUGCGUUUUCAUCAGGCAGGUUUUGGGUCCCAGCCUGAGCCCCACUUGGCUCCAGCCCGACCCUGGAGCAAAGCUGAGGCAAAACCGUUCGGUCUUAAUGGAGAUGUUCCUUUCAUGGACAACAGCAGCACAUUCAGCUGUUCUGUACAAUCAUUCCCUCCCACUUUAUACUUAUGCACAAAAAAGCUUAAGCUGGAUUUCAGUGUAUGGUUGAUGUUUGCAAUAUCUAUUUUCUUUAUAAAUGUAACACAAUAAAUUAGAAGAUAUUUCAUAUUUA